AUGGUUCGACAUUCAAAUAAAGGGAAGGGAGGCGAAAAGUAUAGCCGCCCAAGACAGAGGCGAGACAACGAUGAGGACGGCACAUCUAAAAAGCCAGCAUAUAAAUGCGCAAUGUGGGAUUUUGGCCACUGCGACCCGAAGCGAUGCUCCGGAAAGAAGCUUGAGAAAGCCGGUCUCAUAAGAAACCUUAGGAUUGGGCAGAAGUUUGCAGGUGUCGUAGUCACGUACGUAGGUCCUAUACCGGAAUGCUGCCGGUUGGAUACUUGGCUGAAGGACGAGGAUAGACCAAAUGGAAAGAUAGUGGUAUCACCCGCCGAUGCGGAAAUUGUGAACGAAUUUGGAGCAGCCGUAGUAGAAGCAUCAUGGGCAAGAAUAUCAGAAAUACCAUUUUCGCGGAUAGGCGGGAAGCACGAACGGUUACUGCCAUAUCUUGUGGCGGCAAACCCUGUCAACUACGGACGACCUUGGAAGCUCAAUUGCGCUGAGGCACUGGCUGCCUGUUUCUACAUCACAGGCCAUCCCGACUGGGCGGAAGACAUUAUGUUGCCUUUUUCAUGGGGUCAUGCGUUUAUCGAGAUCAACGAGGAUUUACUAGAAAAAUAUGCAGCUUGUGAGGAUGCAGAAGGGGUCAAAGCAGCUGAAACCGAAUGGUUAAGCCAGCUAGAAGAAAGUUAUAAGAACAGGAAGGGGGAUACCGAGGGAGCUGAUCGUGAUGUUUGGGCGACAGGGAACCAGAAUCGAAGGUAUUCGUUACCACCUUCUGAGAGCGAGGAAGAAGAUGAAGAAGACGCAGGAGCAGAAGGGGAGGACAAUCGCAAGAUAAACCCGCCCAUCGCCAAGCAGAGGAAUUACGAUUUACCGCCAAGUGACGAUGAUGAGGACGAUAUGGAGGAGAUAAGGCAAAAAAUACUGAACUCGAAGCCGUUUGCCAAUCCGACUUCUGAGCAGAAACCUUCAAAUAAUGGCCAGGAUAGAAUACCGGAAAACUCGCAGGAAGAUAGUGAUAAGGAAGAUGAUUCUGAGAAGGACUCGGACGAGGAAGGGAUAUACGAUGCGGAGCCAAUUGCUCAACCACAGGACUCAAAUAUCGGGCCCGCUCGUCGGAAACAGAGGCAAGGCAAAAAGGGGUUUACUGCCAGUUUUUCAAUGGCAGAGUUAGCAGCACCAGACAGGAAACGGUCGUAG